AAGUGGAGAGUAUUUAUUAAAGAGAGCCAGGGAGAGAGUUAGGAGAGCUCAGCUUGAAAUUGGCUAGGUGGGUUUGGGGAGCCUUCAAAAUAGAGAUCCGCCGCCCCCGCAAAAAAAACCCCAAAUCCCUCCGACGAAACUUUUCUUCUUCUGGGGAAGGGAGAAGAAAAACACGCCCGCGUUCGGCUUCUUUUCCCUUCUCGCGAGUAGACCAGCCGCCCACAUGUCUGUUUCUUGAACGAGAGAAAAACCCGCGGCGACCCCCUUUGCGAGGCGACUGAGAUCCACGUCCCGUCCCGAGUUCCUGCGACUCAAAAAGUUUGCAAACUUCUGGGCGGCCUCGCUCGAGCUCCCCUAUGCUGUUCUAAGAGCCGCCCCCCUUCCCCGCUCCGGUGGGUGUUUUUCUCCAGCCUUCGCCCGCCGAGUCCCUUCCUCGCCCGCCUGCCUCCGCCUGCCUCGCAUGAAUCUCCUGGACCCCUUCGCGAAGAUGACCGAAGAGCAGGAGAAGUGCCUGUCCGGCGCGCCCAGCCCCUCCCUGUCGGACGACUCGGCCGGCUCGCCCUGCCCGUCGGGCUCCGGCUCGGACGCCGAGAACACGCGGCCGCAGGAGAACACCUUCCCGGGCGGCGCGCAGGACCUGAAGAAGGAGAGCGACGAGGACAAGUUCCCGGUGUGCAUCCGCGAGGCCGUCAGCCAGGUGCUCAAGGGCUACGACUGGACCCUGGUGCCCAUGCCCGUGCGCGUCAACGGCUCCAGCAAGAACAAGCCCCACGUCAAGCGGCCCAUGAACGCCUUCAUGGUCUGGGCUCAGGCCGCCCGCAGGAAGCUGGCCGACCAGUACCCCCACCUGCACAACGCUGAGCUCAGCAAGACGCUGGGCAAGCUCUGGAGGUUACUGAACGAAAGUGAGAAACGCCCAUUUGUGGAGGAGGCUGAGAGGCUUCGGGUGCAGCACAAAAAAGACCAUCCAGACUACAAGUACCAGCCCCGGAGAAGAAAAUCAGUUAAGAACGGGCAGGCUGAGCAAGAGGAAGGCUCUGAGCAAACCCAUAUCUCUCCUAAUGCCAUCUUCAAGGCCCUGCAGGCAGAUUCUCCUCAGUCUUCAUCCAGUAUGAGCGAAGUACACUCUCCUGGGGAGCAUUCUGGACAAUCUCAAGGGCCACCUACUCCUCCUACGACCCCUAAAACAGACGUCCAGCCUGGAAAGCAAGACCUUAAGCGAGAAGGUCGCCCCCUACCAGAAGGAGGGAGACAGCCACCUCACAUCGACUUCCGAGAUGUGGACAUUGGUGAGCUCAGCAGUGACGUCAUCUCAAACAUCGAGACCUUUGAUGUCAAUGAGUUUGACCAGUAUCUCCCACCCAAUGGCCACCCAGGUGUUCCAGUCACCCUUGGUCAACCUGGCCAAGUCACUUAUACUGGUAGCUAUGGAAUCAGCAGCACAACGGCUACGCCAGCAGGUACUGGUCAUGUCUGGAUGUCUAAGCAACAGCCCCCCUCUCAGCAGCCGCCAUCCCAAGCUCAGCAGCAAGCACCGCAGCAGCAGCAGCAGCACACACUCACCACCCUGAGCAGUGAACAGGGGCAGCCUCAGCAGAGGACACACAUCAAGACUGAGCAGCUCAGUCCCAGCCAUUAUGCUGAGCAGCAGGAGCAUUCUCCUCAGCAGAUCAGCUACACUUCCUUCAACCUCCAGCAUUAUGGUUCCUCCUACCCCACUAUCACUCGUUCCCAGUAUGACUACACAGACCACCAGAGCUCCAACUCCUACUACAGUCAUGCAGCUGGCCAGAGUUCCAGUCUCUAUUCAACAUUCACCUACAUGAACCCAGCCCAGAGGCCAAUAUACACACCGAUUGCAGACACUACAGGGGUGCCUUCCAUUCCUCAGACCCACAGCCCCCAACACUGGGAACAGCCCGUCUACACACAACUCACAAGGCCAUAAGACUUUCAAAGACGGCCAAAUUUUCUCAGACUUGCAAAAGACAUUUAAGAUAAAAGUGAAUGAAUGAGAAAAAAAUCCCAGAAUGCCUUGAGCACUACAGCAUUUUUUUAAAGUAGUCAGACCAUGUUAUUUUUCCUGUAAGCAAACAAUGGACUUAAAACUUUAAUUUGAAGAUGAUCUUGUUAUUCAGACACCUGACUUAGUUUGCCCAGGCAUGGACUUGAUAAUUAUUUUUUAACAAUGACUAAAAAUGGGAAAUGAACUUUUUUUUUUUACAAAACUCAAAGUAUUCCUCUGUGAGGAAUAUUCUCUAUUUUAAAUAUUUUUAGUAUGUACUGUGUAUGAUUCGUUACCAAUUUGAGGGGAUUUAUAUGUACCUUACUUGUUUUUUAGAGAAACUUUGGAAAAAUAAUGUUUUCUUCUUCUGUCAGUACUUAAACAACACCUAGCAGAAUGGUUUGCCUUAGCCUUUUCCCUUGUGGUCAGAGGUAUUUUUGUACAGUUAAUUGUCUUUUGCUUGUAGAAAGCAAAAAUGUGUGCAUUAAGUCAAAGCAAAGAACAUUUUUUCCUACACUAACCAGUGGUCAGUUGCACAAUGUGACAAGGGGGAUUUGGAAAGAGACUUUUGUUUUUCUAGCUUGGAAGCAAAAGUUGUUGGGAGGAAAACAUGUUAAGGGAACAAAAAACACCCUGAGCCUUAAAGAAACACAAACACAAAGCCUUAUGAGUAGCCAAGUGAUGGCCUUAUAGGGAGGCCUGCAAAAUUCCCUCUCUCAGUGCCAAGGGGAAAACGAGAGGAUUCUGAAGGAAGACGUCUUCCAUUUUUGAGGUCUGCCUGAUGCAUCAGCAAAACGCUAGCAUGCCCUGUCCCAAAUCCCUCCUUCAUCUUCCAACACUGGACCCUAUAUCCAUGCACAAAACAGGUGUCAACAGUCCGUCCUUCCCAUUUUCUUUCAAAUUGUACAGGGAAAGAGAUCACACAUUCCACAAGCCUCUUUGUACUCGUAUGUGAGUUGUCUUUAAAAAGAGGCAGUGGAAUAUCAGCUUUAGCAAGGUUCACUUAUGAUGCCAUCACAUUGGGUCUUUUUUAAAAAAAAUAUCUAUAUAUAUAUUUAUUUUGUGAAAAAGAGGUUUUUUAAUCAAGAGUUUUCCUUUCAUAUUUCCCUUCCACAUUAAAGUAUGCCGAAAUGCCGGAGCCUUACUCAGAGGGUAUAUGGUGCCUAAUAGUUAAAUUAUGGUUUAAAUCAAUAACUCCUUUUAUUUAUCUAUCUCCUUCCUUUUUUCAUAUUUUUAUUAUUAUUUUAUUCCUUCAGAAUGAGUUUUAGGUUUGUACACAUAUGUCUGCUUCCUCUUGUUUCUUUCUCUUUAAGAAUAAAGUAAAUUUUCUCUCUCUUUCAUUGUACAAACAAAUGAUUGCAAAUGUAGUGUAUCACUGAGUCGUUUGCCUUGUUUUCUGCCUCAGUUCUUCCAGACACAUGAAUCAGACCUGGUCAGUACAUGGAGCAGAAUGAGGCGGCAGAGUCUUGAAGUGCUAAAACAGAUAAUGAGAUUCCAGAAUCCAAACUGGGGGAGGGCCAUGCUUGUAGGAGAAAAUGCCCCUUAUUGGGCUCUGUAUGUAUAUGUUUGUGUGUGUUUAACUUGCAGGGUAUUUUUUACACAUGAGAGCAUUGAAAAAGUGGCCUUCCUGCCUCAUCCUUGACAGCCUGAUAUGGCACAGUCCACACUCAAGAUCUUGUCCCCUCAUUCUGUGUUAUGUGUAGGCCACGAUCUGUCAAAAAUAAAAAAACCUAAAACAACAAUGGAUGCUGGCCCUCAAACCCCGCAGCUGGGCAAGCUGCCUCCUUUUCCAUAGGACUUGAGAUGUCUACAGCAGUUUCUUCUAGUCCCCCAAAAGCACAGUGGAAAUAAAUGGAAGCUGCAGAGCGGCAGUGUUUGAUGGCUAGCUCCCAGUGUGCUCUGCGAACUUUCCUCCUUUUGAUAAUAUUUGACUUCGGGCGAGGGAGGCUAUGAGGAAACCAACCGUGGUGAAGCUGGGGCCAAGCAGUUAAAGAUAGCUUUUUUUGAAAGACAGCCAACAUUUUUUUAUUUAAAAAUAUAUUUGUUAACAGUGUUUUUUUGUAGGGAAUUCAGUAGAAGGAAAUCCUAAAACACUCUUAUAAUAUAUCUUUUCUACUUCUGUAUAAAAAGCAGAUCUUUUUAAAGUAUUUCUGUAACUUAAAAGACUUGUCCUUAAAAAAAUCAGUUUUAGUUAAGUUUUGUCUUUUUUUCCCUGCAAAACCCUUUGGUUUUCUUUUUAAACUUACCUUUUUGUAUACUGUAUUGUUUGCAAUAAAUAUACCUUGUAUUAAACCUUAAA